UGCAACAAAAUGAUCAGGCUGGCAACAAAGAAGUCUCUCAUCACAAUCCUUAUAAUAGCUGCAUUCCUUCCGCUGCAAAGCUAUGCAGCUGAGAGUCGUUCCUCCAUUAUAUCACGUUUAACGAAAAAUUUGAUGUUAUUAGUUGGUCAGGCAGGGUACGUGAUCGAGUCGGUUGGCAAGGUGGGAGAGGACAUUGGUGCCGGUAUAAUAAAUACUACCACAGGCAUUUUAGGCGUUUACCAAGGUAUUGGUCGAGUUUUUAGUAUAUUCAGUAAUGGAAAUAAGGAAGUAGAGAAAGCACUUUGGCGUGAAGUUGGAAAAUACUGUGGCUAUGGCCAACCGGACUGCAUGGUCGAUUUGAUUUUUGGAAGGAAGGGCUGCGCAAAUCCAAUGUAUUGUCCUCCCGGAAGUGGAUAAUAAACAAUACGAUUGGUAAACUAUUACCAACAUUGCAAACAUAACUUGAGCUUGAUUUUAUUUAUUAUAUUUUUAAAGUCAAAUAAAAUAACAUAAACCAGACCAUCUUCAGCCCAAGCUACUAAUAAA